AUGAAAUUCAUCCUGCUCAUUCUGCUGUUUUCAGUGGGUGCGGCCAAUGCCACUACCAUCUCCUGGGCUCUGUGGCAGUUCCGCGCGAUGAUCAAAUGCACUAUCCCAAGCAGCAACCCACUACAGGAUUACAAUAACUAUGGCUGCUACUGUGGCCUCGGAGGCAGUGGAACACCAGUGGAUACCCUUGACAGGUGCUGUCAGGUGCAUGAUAAGUGCUAUUCUGAGGCCAAGAAGCUUCCAGCAUGUAAAGGACUUCUGGACAACCCUUACACAGAGCUGUAUACCUACAGCUGCUCGGGCACCACCAUUACCUGUAGCACCAAGAACGACGCGUGCGAGAUGUUCAUCUGCGAGUGCGACCGCAAGGCGGCCAUCUGCUUCGCGGGGGCGCCCUACAACCCGGACUACAAGAACCUGGACUCCGCCCUGUGCGGCUGA